AUGGAGCUCGGCCAUCCGUCGAGGGAUUCAACGACGGCAGGAGAUGCAUCCGGUUCGCAACGACCAGCACCGAAUCAGACCUCUGCCGCCAACAACGGCGUGUCAUCUUCAACAUCAGCGGCAGAUCCAUCUCAGCACCCGCCUCGCUCUGAUGCCAAACCACCACGACCGAUGCCUUCACUCGCCGAAAGACUCGGCCUCGGAGGUGGCCCAGGGUCAGCGGCCGCAAGAGGAGAUGAAGCGGGUGCCGAGCCAGGCUCUUCAUCGAGCUUAGCAUCCGCCCCAGCCCCUCCCCGUCAGCAGGCUAUCGCCGGCUCUGUAUCGCAAUCGAUCGCCGCAAUGCCGCCGUCGAGGUCCGCUGCCUCGCCCUCCAAGGCGAGCUCGACGAGCGAUGAAGAGGGCAUGAUCAAGGAGGACGACGCUGAGUCAGAGGAAGAAGGUGAACUUGACCAGAACGACGCUCAGCAACCACACGCAAGAUCAUCGAGCGGCCAUCACAGUCGCAGCGAGCGCUCAUCGCCUCGACCCGCCGGCUUCAACAACGAGCAGAACGCCUCCUCGUCCUCAUCAUCAUCCACGCCAACAUCACGGCGUUGGGGCAACCCCGCAACCGGCAUGAGAAACGACUCUUUUGCCCCGCCGCAUCCACCGCUGCACACCGAGAGGGAGCGAGACAGAGACAGGCAGAGGGAGCGCUCUGGACCAUCAAUGUGGCCGCCUAGCCGCUACGACGAUGUCCGCCCUCCUUUGGAACGAGAUGGUUAUCAUCGACCAGAGGGACCAAGCCCCUUCCGCCAACAUAGCGCGUCGUUCAGGCAACGCUCAGUACAAGAAGACCGCCCAAGCUGGCCUCGUCCGAGCGAGCGAAGGUCUAUGUCACCCGACCGCCGCGUUGACAGGGAUCGACGCUUGGAGAGGAGGCAGCCUUCACCCACCGCACCCCUAUCUGGACCCAACUCCAUCGGCGCUCGACCUAGCUUGCAUUCUUCCCACAGCUACCGCGAUGAAGGGACGGAGCGUCCAAGUCGAUUAUGGGGAUCCGGGCCUGCAUCUGCUGGUCCACCUACCCGCUGGAAUCGUCGGAAUGGAGGGAGGGAGAGAGAGCGCAGCGAGAUGGAAGAAAGCAGAGGCGGUGAUCCCUGGCAUCCUGCUUCCAGGGGUAUCGAUGAUCGCGCUUACAGGCGGGGUAGCGAAAGAAGAACAAUGGACGAUGGCUUUGUACGCUCGAGGACGCCCUCACUGCAGCAGUCCAAGCGCCCGGACGCUGCCGCGGACGCUUGGAGGCGAAGUCCUGAGCUUUCUCGCAGCGAGACUGCUCAGCCAUUUGAAAGGAGCCGCUCCUCGACCAGCAACCUCGGCCCUCCCUCCUCACCACCGCCACCACCUCCUCUGCCACCUGUUAGAGCUGCCUCACCGGGUUCUGCACGUGCAGCGAGGCCGAAUUGGGGUCCCGGUUUCGAGCCGCCAGCGAGAGAUGCUGGAUGGGGCGGCAAAGCAAGGCGUGAGUCGCAACAAACUGUGCAGGCGGCUGAGAGCCAGACGGCGGGCGACUCAGCAUCGGCGGGCGAGCCUGCCACGGCAAUCGAAAGCGAGGCGCAGGAUAGCAUGGAUCACCGCAGGGCUGAGCCACAGACGCAGGACAGUGCAGCUUCGAAAGAGGAUGGAAGCGCCGCCCGGCCUCUUGCAUCCGAGGACACCGGCGCAGUCCAAGACUACGUGGCUGCAGAGGUCAAGGAGCUAGCCAACCAAGAAAUGCCAGAGGCAGCUAGCCUUCCAACACCACAGCCUCCUCCUGUGGAUCCUCUUAGCCUUAAGCAGGAGAUAGAGAGCGCUGCGCCUCAUCCGAAAGAGCCUCUUAUCACGCCAGCUGCGGACGAGGAGAGCAAUGCCCCACCAUUCUCAGAGUCUGCGGCUCCCACGUUGCCUGCUGAGGCGCAGAUGCAAGCACCUGCGAUCGCAGGUGAAGAGAUGCCUGCAACGGCCCCCGCUCUUGCAGUCGUGACGGAGCCAGCUGCUGAUGCGACCCGCGUCGAAACGCCCAUCGAAGGCCCUAGCACCCAGCUUGUCUCUGAACUAGCUACGACCUCUGAAGCAGGACGAUCGAUGAGCGACGAUGUUCAAAUGGCAGGUGCUGAGGAAGCAGAGACGAAGGCGGCGGUUCCCCUCGCGCAGCAAGCGGAAGUCGCGCAGGUUGCCAAGGCCGCUGACGAAGGGCAAGAGGAGCUGGACGCCGUCCUCAAAGAGGCCGUUGCCGUCGCUGCCGCCAGUGCCGAGGGUAAGCCAGAGGCAGAGGUCGAAGCAGACAUAGCAGGCGACGUUGUCAUGAAGACGCCUGAGUCGGGCGAGAAUGAUGGAGAGCGCGGCGAAGAUGCCGACUCUUCGCCGCAGCCACCUCAGAAGACCGACGAGGAACUGGCCGAAGCCAAGCGAGCGACCAUCCUGCGCUUGAUCACCAAUGGCAAGCAGCCAGACUCGGACGUGACGAUCGAUAAGCUGAUGGCGAUCAAUCAGCGAAUGGCAGAGCAGACGACCAAUUCGCUUAUGGAAUCUGCCGUGCAUGGCCCGCCGCCUCCUAAGCUCGAGGUGGACAUUGACGUGUACGAGGAGACGGAGAAGACUCAGCGAAUGCGCGCUAUCCUCACCGAGCGGAUCAAGGCUUCCAACCAGCGCCUCGCGGCCAAGACGGAGCGCCUCAAAAGCCAAUACAAGGCUCUCAAUACCGACUGGCAGGCUCAUUGCGCGAGGCUCGAUAGAGCGGCAGAGGCUCGCGAGAAUGCUCGCAAGGCAGCUGCAGGCACUAAUACGCCACAAGGAGCAGGCGGCACCUUCGCGUCAGGCGACGAUGCUGGCACUCCCCAGCACCAGCAGUCCGCCUCUCAAUCGCAGCCUCUGAUGACGCCGAGCAUCGGCGGUCGUUCCAAUCGUCGCGGCACCCAAUCAGGUGCCCUAGGCUUCGGGGACGCCGUCCGCUCCGAAGCUGAGUUCCUCGAGAUCCUUGCCUCCCUGGAAACCGCCGACAUGCAAGACCCAGAAGCCCGCGCAGCUCGCACAGCCACUACGGUCCCCGACCAGCUCAUCAAUCCCGACAGGGACGCUCUACUCAAGUACGAGGUCGACGAGCGCAAUCACUUUGUUGCGAACCCCGUGAGCUACUACCUAGAUGAGUUCGACCCUGACUUCUGGUCUGCAGAGGAGAAGGCCAUCUUUGCCCGCAAGUACGCCCUGUGGCCCAAGCAGUUCGGGAGGAUUGCUACUGCUUUGCCGAACAAGACGGCGUCGCAGUGUGUGUACUACUACUACCUCACGAAGCAUCAGCCCGGCCAUGACUACAAGGCGAUCACGGCGGCGAGGAACAGGAACCAGAAGCGCAAGAGUAGGGUGAUGAAGCCUAAGAAGGGACGCGGCAGUGCUCUAAUGGCGGAUCUGAAAUCGGCCAAGGGGGACGAGGCGGUAGGAGACGAUGAGGCUGCUGGAGGUGAUACGCCGAUGAGUCCUAUGGAUGAGAGGACAAGAUUGAUGGGCGAUGGUGGGCUGCUACCGCCGGUCGAGGAAGAGGAAGGCCAGGCAGCGACGGGGGCUACGACGCCUGGUGGAUCAGCGGCGAGGAAAGUCGGCGAGCCCUCAGCCAAGCCCAAGAGCGGACGAGGUGGCAAGAGGGUCAAAGGCCAAAGCAAGGCCAAGGCAUCCGCAGCAGCCAUUGCGGCGGGCGAGCUCAUAGACAGCCAGACCAUCGACACACCCUCUGGCGCUGCCACGCCCGCCGAGGAAGCGUCAGCAGACAGCGACCUGGCAGCCGCGGAAGCUCUUGGGGCCCUAUCGGGAAUGCUGCCCAUCCCACCGGCCAGCGGAAAAGGCGCAGGCGGUAAGAAGCGCAAGCACCUCGACCCCUCCGCCUCAUCUCCCUCUGGCAUGGCAGUCGGUGAAGACGGCGCUGCUCAACAGCCGCAACGCAAGCAACGCCCUGCCACCUCUUCCUACUGGUCAGUCCAAGAGCGCGGCGAGUUCCUGCGCGGCAUCGCUAUUCAUGGCAAAGACUGGAAGCUCGUUGCGACCCGUCUCAAUGCCAAGUCUGCGGCCCAGGCUCGCAACUUCUUUGCUCGAAACGCCGAGCUGCCAGACUUCGUGGAGGCGGCGACUUUCGGAGAGAAGCAGGCUGAGCAGCCGCUGAGUGUCAGGGAGCAAAUGGCUACGGAGUGGGCGCGGGAGAGACUUGGGCUUGGGACCGGGGUUGAAGGAGGGCAGAGCCAGCAGACGGGUAGCGGAGCUUCCUCCGCUCGGCCGGGACCGUCGCCUGUCAUCAGCAAAGAGUCCUCACCUGAGCUCGGGGGAGGGAUGGCUCCCCCUCCUCGCCGACCCGGUGGGAUGGGCAUCAUGUCCCUGCUGAACGACGAUCGGCCAAGCACGGCCUCCUCGUCCUCAUCUCAAGAACGCCCUCCCGCCCCCAUGGCAAGGAAGCCAGCCAUGCACGAGUGGUUCCCCUCUGAGCACGGCAGCCAGCCCAUGUCCUCUUCUUCUGCCCCCUCGUCAGACAGGGAGGGUGAAUCGACCGACUCGGAGAGUUUUGCGUUCAGCUCCUCUGCUCGUCCUUCCCCAGCGACGCAUCAUGCGUACUUGUCGAGGCCCUCUUACCAUCAAUCGCAGCCGCAGCCGCCUCAGCAGCCACACGCAGGGUAUGAGCCUCGCCCUUACCUGCCUGGCGCACGCGAGAGCGGAAGUGCAGCAUCAUCGACGACCAACGCUCCUCCUCUACCUCCUUCGUCGCUGCCUAGCCUGCCGCGCCUCUCAACACCCAAUGGGCUAGGAUCAGGCAGUGGGCUACGCACCAGCUACGCAGGUGGAGGCGAGUACCCAGCGACAGGCAACUCAUCCACUGCUCGCUUUGCUCGUCCACCAGUAUACAAUAGCAGCAGCGUGCGCGAGCAGCUCUCGCCGCUAUUGCCUGAGAGGAGCCCUGUUGAGCAGCGCAGCAGCCAUGACGCCGGGAGAGGCAGCAUGCCACCCCCUUCAUCAUUGAGCAGUCGUCCAUCGUAUGGGUCUGCGCACGGGCUUCAUCCUCAACAGCAGCCACGCCACUCGUCCUGGUCCGCAGGUCAUCCUACGGUAUCAGGCUCAUCUGCCUCGCCCGCUCCGCCUCCACCACUGCCGCCCUCGUCGAAUUACCGCGACUAUGGUCAUUCGCCUUCAUAUGGGGAUCGACUGGCGCCUCCCGGCUCAUCGCAUCGCAGCCUGGCCCCACCUCCGCCGCUACCCUCGCGAUUCUCUCCUGGCGGUGGCGCCGGAGGUCUCAGUCCAGGUGCAGCUGCAGGAGCGAAUGGCAGUCGCUCAGCGUCCCCUGGUGGCUCGGCCUUGCCGCCCUACCGUGGAGAUUCCUGGUCCUCGUCGUCUCGCAACGUCGCGCCCCCAUCGACAGCGGGGAGCUCUUACCAUCCGUAUGGCUCACGUCCGUCUUCGUCGCCCGUGGGCCCAGGCGGCGGAAGUGAUGGACGCAGGCUUCCCCCACCGCCGCUUCCGCCCAUGCAGCAGCACCCAUCUCCACAGCAUAGGCCGAGGAGCAGUCAGAGCCAUAGUAGUCAGGGAGGGGAGGAGUGA